AUGGCGCCAGAUGAGUACUCCACUGGCGGAGGCGGUAAGCUUAAGCUCAAGGGUAGCAAAGUGAACGAUGGCCGCGUGGAGAAGAAAAAGAAGAAGAGCCUGAAGAAGAAAGAGAAGACCGAGGAGGAUCAACCACGAGAAGCGGAAGCAAGACCAGAUGCGGAGUCCAAAUCCCCCGCUGCGGACGAUGAGUCGCAGAGCUCAGCCGCGAAAACCGAGGCCGAGAGGAAAUAUGAAGAAAUCAGGCGAAAACGAUUGCGUGAGAGGCUUCAGAAGGAAGGCAUCAAGACGCACAAAGAGCGAGUCGAAGAGCUGAACAAGUAUCUCAGCAGGCUGAGUGAGCAUCACGACAUGCCGAAGAUUGGACCCGGCUGA